AGCACCAUGAAAACAGCUCCGAAAACUAAACAAAAUACGACCGAGAAAAAUAUUGUACAAAAGAGAAGCAAGAAAAUUAGCUUUUCCCGGUGAAAAAAAAACAGUUUUUGAUACGUUUAUAUAUGUAUAUAUUUUGUAAAAAAAACCUAAGCAAACGAACGAAAAACUACUUAGUUUAAAACGUAAGCAAGCUUUGCAAAUAAAAUCAGACAACAUCGUUCGUCAACUCCAUCGAUUCAGUUUAGUUAAUCGAAGGCAGUUGUAUUUUCCCUUUCAAAUAUUCCCUUUAUAUAUUUGGUUGAUUAUAUUCAUGUGAAAAAGCUACUCGACUACCAACAUACAUUCAAAUUGAAAAUUUUCAUUUUCCCAACGAGAAAUACCAAUGAUUAAGAUCAAUCAUGAACAAGUUCAAGCCACCAAAUACGAAUAAACGCAGAGCAGCACCCAUCAAUGAUGAGGACGUCUGCGAGGAUAAGAAGCGCACGUUGGUGGAACCAUUUGGUAAGCCCAAAAUGGCAAGCCCAUCAGCCAAGGACUCUAAUAUGAUCAAGGAUGAGGACAGCAGGAUGGCGAAGCCACCAACUCGAAUGACUUGCUCAUGCCAUUCCACGGGGGAAAAGCUCUCUGAGAAGACGGGCCAACAAUGGUCGAAGGCAGUGGCACCCCCAUUGAACAUGAACAAUUCCAUGUUGGUGGAACCAUUUGGAAAGCCCAAGGACUCUAAUAUGAUCAAGGAUAAGGACCGCAGGAUGGCGAAGCCACUAACUCAAGCUCCAAUGACUAGCCCAUGCCAUUCCACGGGUGAAAAGCUCUCCGAGAAGACAGGUCAACAAUGGUCGAAGCCAGUGGCACCCCCAUUAAACAUGAACAAUUCCAAGUUGAAUGUGCAGCAACAAAAGCCACCCAAAAUACAGGAGAAUAUGAUCAAGGAUAAGGACCGCAGGAUGGCGAAGCCACUAACUCAAGCUCCAAUGACUAGCCCGUGCCAUUCCACGGGUGAAAGGCUCUCCGAGAAGACGGGCAAACCAUGGUCGAAGGCAGUGGCACCCCCAUUGAACAUGAAUAAUUCCAAGUUGAAGGCAGUGGCACCGCCAUUGAACAUGAACAAUUCCAAGUUGAAAAAGCCAGCCAAAAGACUGGAGCUCUGCGAAUGUAAGGACUUGCAGUCGGCCGAACCAUGUGACCAAGUGACAGGGGCGUCCAGCGAGAAGUCGAGUAAGAAAGUGCCCAAGCAAAGGGGGAUAGCACGAGCUCCAUCGCAGUCCGAGUGCGAUCAGCUGCACAAGGAUAUUGGCGCCCAGUUGGCGGAGGUGAAUCGCCUUUGCGAUCAAAAUAUAGAGAGAAAAUGGUCCAGAACUAAGCACUCUGGCGAUGAGAGCGCCGAGGGAAACUCCACAGAAGCGGACGACGAAGUGGAAUACCAGAGCAAUGGAGGUUCCAACGAUGAGGCUGGUACUGGGUUCGAACGGGAAGAGUGCGCACGCGACUAUGUGCUUGGUGGCUAUCAUCCGGUGGCCAUUGGCGCUAUCUUCGUGAAGCGCUACCAUGUCAUCAAGAAGCUGGGCUGGGGUCACUUCUCCACCGUGUGGCUGUGCUACGAUUGCAAGAUGAAGCGUUACUGUGCCAUCAAGGUGGUCAAGUCGGCGCGGGAGUACUCGGAAACCGCUCGCGAUGAGAUCCGCCUCUUUUCCGCCAUCAACAAGAACGAGAGCCAAGAGAACAGAGGCCACCUGGUCGGUUUCUACAAUCACUUUCAUGUCUUCGGACCGAACGGCGGACACACUUGCCUGGUGUUCGAGGUGCUCGGCGACAACCUGCUGACCGUCAUCGAACGAACCGGCUACAAGGGAUUGCCCCUCUGCAAUGUCCGACAGAUCGCGCGGCAGGUCCUUACGGGCCUGUACUUCUUGCACAACGAUUGCCGCAUCAUACACACCGAUCUGAAGCCGGAGAAUGUGCUCCUGGUGGCCAACGAUGUGAGCAUUCGGGCCCAGGUCAGCCAGGCAAUUGACAAGUACUUGAAGGACCAAGAGGAGCAGAAACGAACUGGAUACAAGCCACCUGCCGUCCCGCACUUUGACUCACGGGACAAAUACGACUGGCUCUACAAGAAGACGAAGACGAGCAAGAGACGGAUGCGAGCGAGGACCAAGAAGGUAAUAGCAUUCUUCAAGACCCAUCGCCGGCUGCUCCGCAGGCAGGGCAUCGAUGAUCUACUGGGUCUGGCCGAACGUGGCCUCCUCUCGCCGAUGACCGCCGCCAUGGCCGUCACCGAUAAGCUGCCCUUCCUGCCCUUCGCCUUCGACGGGCUGCAGAUACUCAGCGAUGAGGAUGUGGCCACGGUGCAGAAAUUGGCCCCCGUCGAUCAGGUGGGCGAUGUGCUUUGCCAUCAUCGAAAUGUGCGCGAGGAUAGCCACAGUGAUAGCAACGAUUACCUUCUGGAUCGGUAUCGCGGCAGUACCGUGGACAUGCUGGUAAAGAAUCCGGAGCUCUUCAUGCGAUACGUGCUGGCCGAGGUCGUGGCUUUGGAUGAGAAGGAGCGUAGCCGCCAGGAGAGACGGAAGCGAGUUUCACGGUCCAGUGGACGUGGCCAGAACAAGAAGAAAUCGAGGUCCCGAUCGAGAACGGCAUGUCACACUGAACAUUUGGCGGAACCCAGUGACCAAAUGAUAAGCGAGCCCAGUUUGAGCAAACUUCACCCCAAGGACCCGGCCACCGAGGAGUGCGAGGUGAUGGUGAAGAUAGCCGACUUGGGCAAUGGCUGUUGGUUCGAUUACCACUACACGGAGGACAUCCAGACCCGUGAGUACCGCGCAUUGGAGGUGAUCCUCGGUGCGGGAUAUUCGGAGACCGCGGACAUCUGGAGCGUGGCCUGUUUGUUAUGGGAACUGGCCACUGGGACCUAUCUAUUCGAUACCCAUUCGAAGCGGGGCAAGUACAAUUUGGAUGAGGCGCACAUAGCCAAAAUCGUCGAGACAUGUGGCGAAAUUCCCAACGAUCUGAUCAAGAAAGGCGCAUACUCGUCGAAUUUCUUUAGGAGCAACGGCCAACUUCGCCAUAUCUCCGUCUUGAAGACCCGUAAACUAGCCACUGUCCUGGUCAGAGAGCACGGAUGGUCGCAUCGCGAUGCCAAGGCAUUCGUGGCCUUUCUAAUGCCAAUGCUGACCACCAAUCCGGAGCAUCGCAACUCUGCUCGCAACGCCUUGGAGCACCAGUUCUUCUACCACAAAUUGUGCCCUAAAAAUAUCUGUAACAGAAACGCUAACAGUAACGGUCACUGUAAAUGUGACUGUAAAUUUGACAGUAACAGCGACGGGGACAGUGACAACAAGGAUAGCAACAUAUACAAGGAUAACAGUGACAAGGAAAGCAACAGUGACAAGGAAAGCAACAGGAACAAGGAUAACAACAGCGACAAGGACACCAAAAGCGACAAGGAAAACAACAGCGACAAGGACAGCAACAGCGACAAGGAAAACAGCGACAAGGAUAUCACCAGCAACACUGAUAGCACCAGCAACAGCGACAAGGACAGCACCAGCAGCAGCGACAGCACCAGCAUGACCGAUGAUGACAGCUGCAAAUGCCACAUAGCCCGCGACUGCAGCAGCAUGAGCAGCCUCAGCUCCAUCGACAGCUUCUUUUGGAAAAACAGGAUGAAAUGUCAGAUCCAAAACGUCGAAAUGGAUAAGGACCUGGACCAGGACCAGGAUCAGGACCAGGACCAGGACCAGGACCAGGACCAGGACCAGGACCAGGACCAGGACCAGGACCAGGACCAGGACCAGGACCAGGAUCAGGAUCAGGACCAGGACCAGGAUCAUGACCAUGACCAGGACCUGAGAACAACGAGUCUGAUCAAAAAGAAUGAAAGAUACGAAAGAUUGAAAACCAAACCACACACAACACAAUUCAAGUUCAAGGACCAGGAUCAGGACCAGGACCAGGACCAGGACCAGGACCAGGACCAGGACCAGGACCAGGACCAGGACCAGGACCAGGACCAGGACCAGGACCAGGACCUGAGAACAACGAGUCUGAUCAAAAAGAAUGAAAGAUACGAAAGAUUGAAAACCAAACCACACACAACACAAUUCAAGUUCAAGGACCAGGAUCAGGACCAGGACCAGGACCAGGACCUGAGAACAACGAGUCUGAUCAAAAAGAAUGAAAGAUACGAAAGAUUGAAAACCAAACCACACACAACACAAUUCAAGUUCAAGGACCAGGAUCAGGACCAGGACCAGGACCAGGACCAGGACCAGGACCAGGACCAGGACCAGGACCAGGACCAGGACCAGGACCAGGACCAGGACCUGAGAACAACGAGUCUGAUCAAAAAGAAUGAAAGAUACGAAAGAUUGAAAACCAAACCACACACAACACAAUUCAAGUUCAAGGACCAGGAUCAGGACCAGGACCAGGACCAGGACCAGGACCUGAGAACAACGAGUCUGAUCAAAAAGAAUGAAAGAUACGAAAGAUUGAAAACCAAACCACACACAACACAAUUCAAGUUCAAGGACCAGGAUCAGGACCAGGACCAGGACCAGGACCAGGACCUGAGAACAACGAGUCUGAUCAAAAAGAAUGAAAGAUACGAAAGAUUGAAAACCAAACCACACACAACACAAUUCAAGUACAAGGACCAGGACCAGGACCAGUACCAGGACCAGGACCAGGACCAGGACCUGAGAACAACGAGUCUGAUCAAAAAGAAUGAAAGAUACGAAAGAUUGAAAACCAAACCACACACAACACAAUUCAAGUUCAAGGACCAGGAUCAGGACCAGGACCAGGACCAGGACCUGGGAACAACGAGUCUGAUCAAAAAGAAUGAAAGAUACGAAAGAUUGAAAACCAAACCACACGCAACACAAUUCAAGUUCAAGGACCAGGAUCAGGACCAGGACCAGGACCUGGGAACAACGAGUCUGAUCAAAAAGAAUGAAAGAUACGAAAGAUUGAAAACCAAACCACACGCAACACAAUUGAAGUUACACUAAAGUGCGCCUGAAGCUAUCUAUCUUAGAGGUUUUACAUGAGUAUUUUCUUGGUUUGCUCAUAUUUCAUUGUAAACUAUUAACAAAUAUAGCCAAGCUGGCAGCACUGCCGGAUCAGCUGA